AAUAUUUGGAGUUGAUAUAAUUAAAAAUUUAACGAAAAUGGGUUUUUGUAAAAAGUUUUGGGUGUUGGCGUUUUUGUUAGUCUGCAUUAAUAUGAAGUUCUCAAACGCAGACAAAACAAUGAAUACAGUAAUUAUGCAAUGCAUCAAAGAAAAAAAUGUUAAUGUGAAAGAAUUAGGAGAAAUAAUCACUAACAACAAACCAGACAAGUACUGUUUCCAUGGUUGUGUCUUCCAGAAAUUGGGAUAUUUCGUGGAUGGUAAAUUGAGCUUCGAUGCAAUGAUCGCCGGUUUCAAUGCUCAACAAAAACCUGAUUCCAACCCAAAUCCACAAUUGGAAGACAUUUUGGCGAAUUGUAUAAAAGAUGUUAUGACGGACGAGAAGAAUGACGAUGCCUGCAUUAUUGCUGAAAGAACUAUGCAUUGUGUUGUCGAUCAUGACAAACAGAAAAAUACAUAAAUAAAUUAAAUAUUUUCAUUAUUGUAUUAUCGAAUACAUCGAGAGCAGAUUAAUAAAUUUAUUGAAUU